AUGUCCGAUUUGUUGCAGUGGAAGUUGAAAGGUACUAACGUACCUUUUACCACUUCCAGGCUUGUAAAAUUACCGUGCUCGGUGAAGGUUGCUCAGCAGAAACUCAAAGAAGAAUGUGGACUGCAACAUGUAUCGGCAGUGGAUUUCGUACUGUAUCUAGCACAAGAUGAGUCCGCUGUUUUACCCGAGAGUUAUGUGCUAGAUGGUAAGUGUGAUGUCCUUGUAGCUCGAUGCAAGGCUUCUGAGGCAAGGGAACUAUUGGACGCUGCGGAGCAGCAAUUCAAGUCGUCGAAUUCUAAUAUCGCAACCAAGAAUGGAUUUAUAUGUGAAGCUACAAUAUCACCAACUACCACACCAAAAUCAUUAACUGGGUCGGAACCUGUAUCUGGUCAUUCGGAUUCUUCUUCAUCAUAUGAUGAGUCACCUGAUAGUUCUAUACAGCAACCGAUGGAAUCUCAACAUUAUGCCGCUUCAGCAGACACUAUGAGGGCUGUACAACCAGGAAAGAUUAGUGACUCGGGCAAGUCUGUCGCUGGCGACUCUCCUACUGACGUACCUAAUGAGUAUGAUGAAGUGGAUGAUGAGGAGCCUGCAUCAUAUUCGGAUGAAGGUAGCGAAUCUGAUGAAGAUAGUAGAAUUCAAGCUAUAAUGCAAGAGCGUGAUUUAUACGGUGGUGAAACUGCUGAUUCGUUAUCUCGAAGGUACUAUCGCAAUAGGAAGCUUGAGCCAUCUGAGACGGAGGCACGUGUAGCAGCUGUGGUAUCCAAAGUGACACGACCGCAGGCUGUGGUUCGAGGGUAUUUCGAUACAUCUAGCGAUGUUGUAACGGUGGACGAGAAUUACAUUUGCCACAUGUGUGGACAACGUGGACAUCAUAUUAAAAACUGCUCACUACAAGAAGGCAAGCGACAACAUAAAAAGAUACGACCUGCUACGGGUAUACCUGUAGAUUUCUUGCAGGUUAUCAAUGAAGAUGAUAUCACGAUUUACGAUGAGGUCUACCAAUUAAAAACUGGUGAAUUUGCUGUAAUGAAGGAUAUGUCUAAGGUGUCUGGCGGUGCAUUUUUCACAAAAUCGGCAGAUCAACGCAUCCAAAACCAAUUAGGUUUGACCGAGAUUGAAUCUAAGAAUAUGGUUCGUGGAUUACGUUGCAAUAUAUGCGACAACUUCUUUAACGACCCUGUUACAACACUAUGUUGUGGAGAAUCGUUCUGUUUGGAUUGCAUUAUUGAUCGUUCUGGAGGCCGUGUAAAAGUACAACUGAGCAAGUUGUACAACUGCCCGAAAUGUCAUAACGACAUUCGUUUUACCGAUAUACAGGUAAAUAGCAACCUCAAGGGUACUAUCGAGGCAUUGGUAUUGCGUAAAGAAGAUAUGUUGAAAUCUCAAUCCACAUCAGAAGAAACUAAACGACCUUUUGAUGCCUGUAACUUUCGAGUGGAUCUCUCUUUUCUCAAAAGGCAAAAGGAGAUCACAUUGGCGUAUCUCGCCAACAAUCGUCGAUAA